GUUGCUAAGAUGCUAUGGGGGGAUCUCACAUUGCCUCUAAACAUUUGAAAUCAUGUCGGAAAGCACUCACCCUCCUGGACCAACCAUGCCUUACGAGGUCCCACAUCGACCAAAUUCACGCCCACCUCAUCGGAUCCGGUUCAAUCUCCGACCCUUUUGCCGCCGGGAAGCUCUUGUUCUCAUGCAUACUGUCGACCCGCGCUGACCUCCAACAUGCAUACAACGUAUUUCGGUCAAUACCUCAUCGAUCCACCUACAUAUGGAACACCAUGAUCAGAGCAUUUAGUGAGCAGGAACAAUCACGAGAUGCUUUAUCUUUGUUUAAAUGUAUGUUUAAUUGCAGGUUUUUGCCUACUAAUCACACAUUCUCUUUCGUUCUUCGAGCUUGUGCUCAUCUUUGUGAACUUCAAGUGGGAUUGGUGUGUCAUGCCCAAGCAAUUAAAUUGGGCUGGGAAAGUUACGAUUUUGUUCAAAAUGGGAUGAUUCAUUUAUACGCUGUUUGUAACUGUCUGGAAUGUUGUCGUAGGUUGUUCGAUAGUAGCUCGAAUAGGGAUGUUAUUACAUGGACUGCGGUGAUUAAUGGGUACGUAAAAUCUGGGAAAGUAGAUGUUGCAAGAGAACUGUUCGAUGAAAUGCCUAAGAAGAAUAAUGUGUCUUGGAGUGUUAUGAUCAACGGGUAUGUGCAAGUUGGGCUGUUUAAGGAGGCUUUGGAUCUCUUCAAUGAUAUGUUGCAUCGUGGGUUUCAGCCUAAUCAUUCCAGUAUUGUGGUUGUGCUCUCUGCUUGUGGUUUUCUUGGUGCAUUGGAUCAGGGUAGAUGGAUUCAUGCUUAUGUUGAUAAGAAGAACAUGAUAUUAGACGGGAUCUUGGGUACAGCACUUGUUGACAUGUAUGCUAAGUGUGGUUGUAUUGAAUUGGCUUAUCACGUAUUUGAGGAGAUGCCAUAUAGAGAUGUCUUUGCUUUUACAUCAUUGAUUUCAGGUCUAGCUAAUCAUGGAGAAAGUGCAUGUGCAAUUGCAUUGCUCUCAAGGAUGGAAACAGAAGGUGUUCGACCAAAUGAGAUUACGUUUAUCUGUGUCUUGAAUGCAUGCAGUCGAAUGGGAUUAGUUGAAGAAGGUUUAAGAGUUUUUGAAAGCAUGAUCGAUGUUUAUGGGAUUGAGCCUAAUGUAAAACACUAUGGUUGCUUGGUGGAUCUUCUAGGUGGUGCUGGAAUGCUAGAAGAGGCAAAGACGGUGGUGACCGAGAUGUCCAUGGAGCCUGAUUCUUACGUGUUGGGUGCACUAUUAAACGCAUGUAGGGUUCAUGGCAAUGUGGAAUUGGGUAGAGAAAUGGUGGAGGGUUUGGCGGAGAGGGGUCUGGACCGUAGUGGGGUUCAUGUACUUCUUUCGAAUCUUUAUGCAUCGGUUCACCAAUGGGGUUAUGUGGAAAGGGUUAGAAAGAAGAUGGAAGACGAAAAAGUGAAAAAAGAUCCUGGAUGUAGCUUGAUAGAAGUGGAUGGGGUGGUGUCUGAAUUUGUUGCCGGAAAUAAGAUGCUGCCGGAGGAGAUUGAAUUGAUGUCAUCAGGAAUCAACAAGCACCUGAGAUCCUAUUCUUAUGAUAUCACGUGUGGCUCAUAGGUAACCAAUCUCUUUCACUCAUUUUCUGGUUAUCUAUACAUUUAUAUUUGAUCUAUUUGAGGGGCCUCAAACACAUAAA